CAAACUGAGAAAAGACCAUAUGAUGCUCAAAGUGAAGAAAUGAAACUGAUGACAUAUUUACAUAUGAAAAUAUUGUGUGUGUGUGUGUGUGUGUGUGUGUGUGUGUGUGUGUGUGUGUGUGUGUGUGUGUGUGUGUGUGACCUCGGGAAGCAGCUCGGGGUCAUUCUGCAGCAACAGCAGGCUCAGCUGCUCGGCUAUGACGUCACAAACGUCACAACAACAAAAACAGGUCAAAUCGUGAAUCAGACUCAGGAUCAGAAUGAAACCUUCUCGGAUUUUUUUGGAUUCAGCGAUGUGUCGGGUCGUCGGGUCUUCAGUCUUGAACAGGAGGCUGAGACUCGGAUCAUCGGCGGGGCUGAGGCCUGGGCUCACUCCUGGCCCUGGCAGGUGUCUCUCACCUUCUCCUCCAUGCCGGCCUGCGGGGGCGCCAUCAUCGGGCCGCUGUGGGUCAUCUCUGCUGCACACUGCUUCAAGAGGUACAAGAAAGCUGCUUUCUGGACGGUUCUGGCAGGAAAACACGACCUGGAUAAUCAUGAAGAACCGGGACAACAAAUGGUGGGCGUGUCCAUGAUCAUCUCCCAUCACGACUACAACCCUAAAACCAAAGAGUGCGACCUCGCCCUGGUGAAGCUUCAGCAGCCGCUCGUCUUCGACAGCCUCGUCAGACCCAUCGACGUCUGGAACAGCCCCCUGUCCCCCAACAGGAAGUGCACCAUCACGGGGUGGGGCUCCACCCGAGAGAACGGUCCUCGAGUCAACAGACUGCAGGAGGUGAACGUGACCAUACUGCCAACCGACGUCUGUAACCGGUUCUACCUGGGAAAAAUGAGACCCACCAUGUUCUGUGCCGGGAAGGAGGAGGGCGGAGCCGACGCCUGUCAGGGGGACUCUGGUGGUCCUCUGUCCUGCUUCACUGGGAGCAAAUACGAGCUGGCAGGUUUGGUGAGUUGGGGGGUCGGUUGCGGACGAGCCAAAAAACCAGGAGUCUACACCAAAGUGCAGCAGCACACGGACUGGAUAUUCGAGGUCCUGAGUGACUCAAACGGUCCAUUCGCAGAUGACGCCGACCCUGAAGAGGACAUGUGUGGGCAGCAGCAGAGCUCCAGCUGUCAGCGGGCUCCAGGACUCGCUGCUCUCUCAACGUCCAAGAGCGGUAAGUUGUCUGUGGGGAACGUCUCCGAGUCCUGCCCCUUCUCCUGGCCCUGGCAGGUCAGCCUGCAGUCCGCCGGAAACCACUACUGCAGCGGAGUCCUGAUCCACCACCGCUGGGUGCUCACCGCCAAACACUGCAACGUCAGAGCCAAGGAGGACGUGGCGGUCCUCGGAGUCCAUGACCUCCGCUUCUCGUCUCAAAGCGCCCCAGUGGAGAAGGUGUUUGACAUGAAGGAGGAUGGCAGCUUCCCCCCAAAGUCUGACCUGUCCCUGCUCCGCCUCAGCGUGCCCGCCAGAUUCUGCUCCAGUGUGUCCCCGCUUUGUGUCCCUGAUGAAGACGAGGUCCUGGACAGCAGCUGGUCCUGUGUGACCACCUGCUGGGGAUCCACCAAGGCAACAGAAUCCAUCAACCCGGACACACUGCACCAGGUGGGACUGACUCUGGUCAAUCAGACGAGCUGCAGGGAGAAGUGGCCGGGGCUUAUUGGUGACUCUCAUAUCUGCACACACCCUGCAGGCUCCGCCUCCUGCAUGGGCGACCAGGGAGCUCCUCUGGUCUGUAAGAAGCGUGGCGCGUACUUCCUGUUUGGCAUGGUCACAUGGGGCAGCAGGCAGUGCGAUGCAGACAAACCUGCCGUCUUCUCUCGAGUGGCAGAUUAUCACUCGUGGAUCACCGAGCUGACUGAAGAUAUCUGAAUGUUGAUUGCAAAAUAAAGUUUUAUGAAGUUUGAUCUUAAA